AUGUCUCAAGAAAUUACUCACCCAACAAUUGUUGAUGGCUGGUUCAGAGAAAUCUCUGAUACUAUGUGGCCAGGUCAAGCCAUGACUUUGAAAGUUGAAAAGGUUUUACAUCAUGAAAAGUCCAAAUACCAAGAUGUUUUGAUUUUCAAGUCUACUACUUAUGGUAACGUCUUGGUUUUAGAUAAUGUUAUUCAAGCUACUGAACGUGAUGAAUUUUCUUACCAAGAAAUGAUCACUCAUUUGGCUAUGAACUCACAUCCAAAUCCAAAAAAAGUUUUAGUCAUUGGUGGUGGUGAUGGUGGUGUCUUGAGAGAAGUUGUCAAGCAUGAAUCUGUUGAAGAAGCUUGGUUAUGUGACAUUGAUGAAGCCGUUAUUAGAUUGUCCAAGGAAUACUUACCAGAUAUGGCCAAGGCUUACUCCCAUCCAAAGGUUAAAACUCACAUCGGUGAUGGUUUCCAAUUCUUGAGAGACUACCAAAACACUUUCGAUGUUAUUAUAACAGAUUCUUCUGACCCAGAAGGUCCAGCUGAAUCCUUAUUCCAAAAGGCUUAUUUCGAAUUAUUGAGUAGCGCUUUAACUGAAAAGGGUGUUAUUACUACUCAAGCUGAAAGUAUGUGGAUUCACUUGCCAAUAAUUAAGGAUUUGAAAAAAGCCUGUGGUGAAGUUUUCCCUGUUGCUGAAUACGCCUACACCACUAUUCCAACCUACCCAUCUGGUCAAAUUGGUUUCAUGGUUUGUUCUAAGGACAAAUCUGCUAACGUUAAGAAACCAAUUCGUGAAAUUUCUGAAGAAAAGGAACGUGAAUUAUACAGAUACUACAACAAGAGAAUUCAUGAAACUUCUUUCGUUUUACCAACUUGGGUUGACAAAGAAUUGAACUAA